AAACCUGGUUUUAGAGUCAAAAGUGAAAGCAACCUUCUAAGCCUGUUUUGCUAGCCUUGGGGAGAAACAUUUUCCACCUCCCUCUCUGGGAAAAGGUGAGCCUGGGGAAAGGACUGGGAAAAAUCAGAGAAAGUAGGAAGAGAUUUGAUGAGUUAGAGAAGUCCACAGAGGUAACACUGGAAGAACUGGAGCUGGGAGCUGGGGGCUUGGAUUGUGGGAAGAAGGGUGAAUAGACUGAGAGAUUAAGCUACUUGCCUUGUAUCACAUAGCUAAUAAGUUCCUGCUCUAGGAUUUGAACCUGAUAAGGUACUAUCUAUUGCUGUUCCGAGUAAACAUGAGAGGAAGAAAAGUGGCAAAAGAUGAAGAAAAUGCCUAUGACUCAGAAGAGGAAAGGAAGUCCCUACAAGAGCCCAAGCUGAGGUUAAUACUGGUGGGGAAAACAGGCACUGGAAGAAGUGCAACAGGGAACAGCAUUCUUGGCGAGGAUGUGUUUGUAUCCAAGCUUGGGGCAAUGCCAGUGACCAAAAUCUGCAGCAAAGGGAGCCGGAGCUGGUAUAAAGGAAAGAUUGAAAUCAUUGAUACUCCUGAUAUCUUUAGCCUAGAAGCAUCUCCAGGUCUUAUUUCUCAAGAAAUCAUUCGAUGUUACCUCCUCUCCUCCCCCGGGCCCCAUGCACUAGUCCUGGUAACCCAGCUAGGUCGCUACACUAAGGAGGACCAGGACGCCAUGAAGAAGGUGAAGGAGAUCUUUGGGAAUAAAGUCAUAGAGCACACAGUGGUCAUCUUCACCCGCAAGGAGGAUCUUGAGAGUGAUUCCCUGAAGGAUUACCUCAGGUUCACAGAUAACAAGGCCCUGAAAGAGCUGGUUGCACAGUGUGGGGGCCGGGUCUGUGCCUUCAACAAUCGGGCCACGGGAAGGGAGCAGGAAGAGCAAGUGAAGAAACUAAUGGAUAUAGUGGAGAGUUUAGUACAGAAGAAAAGGGGUAUACAUUACACUAAUGAGGUUUACAGCUUAGUGGAAGAGCUCCAAGAGACCAGUUCAGAGGAGAAGUUCAGAAGAAUUGGGGAGAAACUGGCUAAGUUUAAGGAAAAGAAUAAGAGGGCCCAGAGAUCAAGGGCAGGAGUCUUCCUCAUUUUCAGAGUUUUGAAUGAAUCAAGAAAAUCUCAUCCUAUGCUAUGGAAAUUCAGCAUCAUUGUUACUAGUUUCUUUUUCCUGUGGCUAGUGACCCCCAGAGGUCUUUUUAAUAGCUUGUGGGACACCACCAGUCAGGAAUAGCUUGCUAUUAUCUUUAAUUGUCAUCAGGAAAAAUUGGUCAAGAACACUGCCUUCUGAAUAUCAUCAUCUCAUCUAUCUAUCAUCUUUUUGUAAGUCUAUCUAAAGUAUAGUAUGAAAAGUUUAAUUCAUGUCUCAUCUGCUUCAAGAAACCUUCCCAAUGCUGGGAAUUUAAUACAUUUAAAAUAGUAAUGGAUUUAUAGUCAAAUGAUUUAGGUUCAAAAUUUAGUUCUACCCCUCAUGAGCUCUCUGAAUUCUGACACAUCAUUUAAUUUCAAUGCAUUUCAAUUUCCUCAUCUGUCAAUUGAAGGGGUGGGAGGGCUAGAUGAUUUUUAAGGUCCUUCCCAACUCUAACCUAUGAAAUCCCUUCCCUGACUUCCUUUCAUACAUGGAUCUAGUUGCUGUUUUAUACUGCUUGGUUUCAUAGGCAUUUGAUCUUCAUAAUCCUCCAUUAGACUCUGCAAGGCUAUAGUUACAAUUGCCCACAUUUGUACAGAACUUAAAUGUUUCUCCACAACUCUUUGAGGCAAGUAAUGUAAGUAUAUCUAUAUAUAUCUAUAUAUCUAUAUCUAUAUCUAUAUCUAUCUAUAUAUAUAUAUAUGUAUAUAUAUAUUUUUUUUUAGAUGAGGAAAAUAACUUGGAGAAGUCAACUUGCUCCUAGUAACACAGAUGCAAAUGUUAGAGCCAGAUCUUCCAAUUUCAGACAUAGAGUGUUCUUUCUACUUUCCUACACUACUUCUCUAUUUUUUCACAGAUCCCAGGACAGGGUUAGGUAUGUAGGAGAUAGGCAGUAAACACUGGUUGGAUUUCACUAAAGUCUAUCAUUUCUAUAAAGGAAUAUACUAUGUAACCUAAAGUCUCUUAACUGACCGUUAUCAAAGGAAAUUGAUGAUUAUGAAUACAAAUCCCAUGUAAUUUAUAUUCAUCGAGAGUGAUUUAUGUAUCUAGCCAUGUAAACUUAGGGAUUCUUAUCCCAAUUCUGAUCCCAGUUUCACUAAUGAGCUAUUUCCCCAGAAGUGAGGGUAUCUAUGUCUCUUCCUCAGGAGUGGGAUCUCAAUCCUGAGGUAAUGAAAGAAUGUCUUUCUCUAAUAUUUUUUCCUCAAGCCCCCAUUCUGGUGUCUACUCACUAUCAAUUGCCAAUUAUAUUUAUUAUAUCUUUUUUUUUUAUUGAUCUCCUUUAGUGAUUGACACUUCAAUGGCAUGUAAUAAAUUAUUAGCAGUUAGCUUUUAGGAAGAGAUAUUUACUGAGAAGAUAUAGCAAGGGCAGAAGUUACAAGGACUUUAUGCCUAAUAAUGGGAUACACACUCUUAAAAUAGCUGUGUCCCUGUGGAGAAUGGAUUUAAUCCCAAAACAAUUUCUACCAAACAUUUUCAGUACUAAGUUCUCUUAUAAAUGUGGAAGGCAAUGGAAGAAUCAUGGUUAUUCCUUCUUUGCUGCAUUAGAUCAGCUGCUAUAUCAGGCAAGCACAUGUCACUCAGAUCCCUGAUCCUACCUCUUUCAGCUGUCAGCAAAAUGUGGCAUGUAUUCCAGCUCCAGUGUAAUGCUGGAGAAACUGAGCAAGACAGAAAUUAGAGACCAAUUUAAUAAUUUAUUAAAUGGAGAGAU